AUGGGGGAUUGGUCCAUUCUCGGCCGCUUCCUGUCCGAGGUCCAGAACCACUCCACAGUGAUCGGGAAGAUCUGGCUCACCAUGCUGCUCAUCUUCCGCAUCCUGCUGGUGGCGCUGGUGGGCGACGCCGUGUACAGCGACGAGCAGUCCAAGUUCACCUGUAACACCCAGCAGCCCGGCUGUAACAACGUGUGCUACGACACCUUCGCCCCCGUGUCUCACCUGAGGUUCUGGGUGUUCCAGAUCGUGCUGGUGUCCACGCCGUCCAUCUUUUACAUCGUGUUCGUUCUUCACAAGAUCGCCAAGGACGAGAAGCUGGGCGAGCAGAAGCCUCAGGUGUUGACUCAGAGAGCAUCCAGACAGAGGCGGGAGAGGAGCAUGGAGAAGGAGGGGGUGGAGUCUCUGAGAGUGGGCGUGCCUACAUACUGUCCCCACUACAGGGAGGACUGGGACCCCCGGGACAGGGAGGGGGAGGGUCAGAGGUACCUGGAGGAGGAUUAUGGCGAGGUCGGGGAGGACCCCACCCGUCAGUCCAACCAGAUCCUGCUCAUCUACAUCCUGCACGUGCUGCUGCGCUCCGUCAUGGAGAUCACCUUCCUGAUUGGUCAGUACUUCCUGUUUGGGUUCGAGGUGCCUCACCUGUACCGCUGCGAGACCUACCCCUGCCCCACCCGGACGGACUGCUUUGUGUCCAGGGCCACAGAGAAGACCAUCUUUUUAAACUUCAUGUUCAGCAUCAGCCUGGGCUGCUUCGUGCUCAACAUGGCCGAGCUGCACUACCUCGGCUGGGUCUACAUCUUCAGGAUCCUAUGCUCCGCAUGCUCCACCUGCUGCGGUCAGGACAGGGACACCAUCCGCCUGUACUCCCACCACAACCCCCUCCUCCUGCAGCUCCGACACUCUCUGAGGGGACAGCUCGUCCUGCAGACACCGUCCGCCAUGGUCCCCGAGAAGAGCGGGGGUCUGCUCGCACAUGGCCCGGCCAUCUCCUUCGAGACCGACUCGACCGUCGAGUGCACGUCAAAGAGGAGUCCAGAGAGCAGGGACAAGGUCAAGGUGAAGCUGGCCAACAUGGCCCGCAUGGGACGGACUAAGAAGUCCUGGCUCUGAGAGAGACCACUUUAGAUCCGCGACGAAGAGGACUGACACGCUUCACAUGGACAUUAAUAUUAAAAAGACAAUGUGACCUUUUAAACUGCUGACACAUCACUUUAUAUCUGAGACAAAGAGAA